AUGGCUGCGGCGGAUCAGGGCUACUCAAAGACAUCCAUUGAGGACGAUUUUAACUAUGGCAGCAAUGUGGUAUCGGCCAGCGUGCACAUCCGCAUGGAGAUUAAUGGAGCUAGAUCAGUUCUAUAUCAGAAAACUCUUUUGGAAGCACUGACUAUUGCUAUCACUGUGACUUUUUAUGAAGUAUUUGUUGUCCUGCAAGCCUUUAUUCUGACUACGGCUGUAUUUCUGGCUCUCACUGUAUACACUUUACAAUCCAAAAGGGAUUUCAGCAAAGCUGGGCUGUUUGCGUGCUUAUGGAUUCUUCUCCUUUCAGGCUUUCUAAGGAUCAUCUUCUACAGUGAAGUAGCAGAGCUGGUAUUUGCCGCUGCAGGAGCACUUCUGUUCUGUGGAUUUAUUAUAUAUGCAACUCAUCUGCUAAUGCACAAACUAUCUCCUGAAGAAUACAUAUUGGCUUCAAUCAACCUCUAUUUGGACAUCAUCAAUCUGUUUCUACACCUGCUGCGCUUGCUAGAAGCAUUUAAUAAUAAGUAAUUGGGAGUUGCCCUUCAAAACUGUGAGAUUUGGAUAUGGUGUCUAAAUUGUUAAUUUAAGACAUAGAAAAUCUGUGGUGUUCUUGGAAGCUUGUUUUUACAUUCCAGGGCUAUUGAGUGUUUUCAGUACAAAGGAUGCGUUAGAGAGAGCUGCUAUUUAUGAUUCUAUUUUGAGAUCAGUUAAUUACACAUUGCAGUCAUCAUGGUUGUUUUGUGAGGGCUGUAUUGCAUCUGUUUGCGUAUUAUUCUUGAUUGAAAGACUUGUUCAUCAACCACCAAUUGUGUCAAUAAGCAGUAUUAAAUUCUAUUUUAUUUCUGUAGUAAUUGCCACAGAUGUGUCCUUUGAAAUUCACAACUGUGUCUGGAAGGAUGACAUAAAACUGAAUCUCCUUAAUUUUUGCUGUUGCAUCCUGAAUAUUUAAAUAAGACAAAACUGUACUGAUUUCGGUCAUUUUGAAAGCUUACACUAAUACCAUUUUAAGUGGAGUUAUUUCAAAACAUGGCAGUUCUUCCUCUAAUAUGUUUUAAUAUAAUUUUCCUUUAAUAAAAUCCAUAUUAAUAUGCCAAAAUAAUACCAUAUUUUGAAAGGAAUAACCUUGAUGAAGUACAUUGCAUUCUUUGGAUGACUUUGUUCUGGAGGUGGAUAACUGUCAAAAUGUUAUUUACCAGCACAUUCUUCUGUUGUGAAGAUCUGCAGGUUGGUAAUUUUUUAAGAAAUGCAAAAAUAAAAAAAGAACACAUACUUACAAAAAACUUAUGUGCGGAAUGUUGGCAGAACAUGUGAGGCAAUUCCAUUGAACCCACUCUUCUAUUAGAAUGGUAGGAAUGGAUGAAAAUAAAUGAAAUUACUCUUGUGCAA